UACCAUCUAGUAGUACAUACUUGAUUGGUGGACAGAGACACAAUGGCGACCCCUCGUCAAGAAACUGGCGGUCCACAAAGUUCUGAAUUAGCUCUUCCGCGGCCGCCACAAGAAAUGGAGAGUGAAAAUCCUUCAGCGGCAAAAAGGCUGGCUGAAGUCAUUGCAGCCCUGCUGGUAGCUUUGUUUAACUUGCCAGGGGGAUCCUUCACCAUCUUUUGCACCAUAGCGCGUUCAGCGGUUCAAUAUUUUUUCCAGAUUCCCCCUAUAAACGUCGAAGAACGAGACAAAGUGAAACUUGAUGGUGAAGAAAUAAAACUUCGGCUGAAGGAAAUCUCCCAUGAGGGAAACAAAUUGGAGGAAAAGUUCAGCAACUUCCCUUAUCAUUCAGCUGUCAACUUGAUAAAAUGGGAGUGGGAUUUGAGCAUUGCGAGAGACCGUUUAGCCAAAUGCGGAAUCGACAUUCACAUUUCACAAGGAUUUCUGGGUAGACUGAUAUCAGACCUGCAGACUAAGGUCAAGUGGACGAUCUUACAAGUAAUCACAGGACUUCUCUUCCCAAGCGCAGUGAUUGGACGUAAGUUUAACUUUCUGUCGCUCGCAGAAGGGCGUUCGUUUAGUUGCAUCUGACAUUGGCCUCUUGGCUUUUCAAAUCAGAAAGAUAUAUGACAGCAUCAGGAUAUAAUUGUGCUGGAGAAUGUUUCAACUUAACUACUCUUCCAAACGGACCGUGUGCCCG